AUUUGCGCAUGCGCUUUGCCCAAGCGAGAAGAAGUUUACGUGUUAAACAUGGGUAUAAAUCUUGGUGACGAGUUCCCUAAUUUUGAAGCGGAUUCAACGACAGGGAAAAUAAAAUUCCACGACUGGCAGGGAGAUAAAUGGCAUUUGAAACAUGUAGCUCAAUCAUAUUACUCAGGUGAGCGAUCCAGGGUCAUCAUGACCCUCUUGUUUUCAGUGUAUUUUUUCAGUUUACUGUUUUUUGCAUUUCAGGACAUUAAAAGUUAUACAGGUGACAAGAAUUUCCUCUUCCCAAUUAUUGCUGACCCUAAGCGUGACCUUGCCACAAAACUGGGCAUGCUGGACCCUGUCGAAAAGGAUUCCGCAGGACUUCCUCUCACCUGCCGUGCUGUGUUUAUCGUGGGACCAGAUCACAAAUUGAAAUUAUCCAUGCUGUACCCAGCUACAACAGGAAGGAAUUUUGAUGAGAUUAUCCGUGUGGUUCAGUCACUUCAGCUGACAGCUUACAAGAAGGUUGCGACACCAGCAAACUGGAAGAGUGGUGGAGUGAAAUUCGGAGCUGUCAUUUAUGGACGAAUCGAUAUUCUUACUGCGUAUGGUUACCCUCUUCAGUUGUCAUUUACCGAUAGAGACUGCGAAAAUCACACGGGAAGCCUCACAACCACACUUGUCCAUACCAAACCAACCACACCCACGCAUACAACAACUCAAGGAGGAACUGGCAAAUGGUGUUUUCACUGCGAUGGUAUGUCACACUUGCAACUUUGCGACCGUGUUCAGAGGUGCCACACAGAAAAUCAGGUUUGUUAUGUGCAAAGUUAUACCAGAAGUCUUGAUGUCAGUCUUUACAGAUCAGGCUGUAUCAAUCCGGAGCAAUGUAUAAACGGCGACGGAAAUGGUGGUUGUCUACAAUGUUGUAACGGUAGUUUCUGUAACAGUGAAGGUUGUGGCGACAAAGGGUUUCAACCGCUUGGACAAAGAGGACCUCUUUGUUUUGACUGCACCCAUACAUUUGACAAUGAGGCAUGUACUACAUUACAACUGUGUGAUUCCAAUCAGGUGUGCAUGAUAGAAAAGUAUAAAUGGGGAUCUAGUAAUUUCCACAACAUUAUGGGAUGUACCCAUUCACAGGUAUGCACAAGCAAGCGCUCCAUAAGAGAUCUGACUGCUCGUCAUGCACCUGUUUGCUCACACUGUUGUCACACUGAUUUCUGUAACAUGAACUGUACAACACUGGAUACAGGCGUAGCUAUAAUUGGUUAGGACAUUUAUGGUCGUUGGGUGAAAAAUAAGACGAAGUUGGUAUCCGGUUGACAGUACAAUAUUCAUUGACAUGCUUGAAUAAAUAUAUUUAAGCUA